AUGUCUCCAAUUGCCUGUUCGACUGACGCCGUCGAUAUUGUCGAUAUCCGUCAGAAUGACGUGGAGUUUUCGCUGGUCAAUGAGAUCUACGCCGGGAUCGAUCCUCCCGCGGGUACCAAACGCUCCAUGCCCACGAUGCUCCUGUACAAUGCCGAAGGCCUCAAACUUUUCGAAGAAAUCACCUAUCUUGACGAGUAUUAUCUCACCAAUGCGGAGAUUGAGGUGCUGCAGACUCAUGCCAAGCGCAUCGCCGAGCGCGUGCCGCACAAUGCGCAACUACUCGAGCUAGGGAGCGGGAAUCUGCGAAAGAUCAAGAUCCUUCUAGAUGAACUGGAUCGCACGGGUAAAAGUGUGGACUACUACGCUCUAGACCUAUCACUCUCAGAGCUGCAGCGUACAUUCGCGGAGGUCUCAGUCGACGACUUUAAUUAUGUUGGACUGCAUGGCCUACAUGGCACGUAUGACGACGCCUUGGCCUGGCUGAAAGAUCCGCAGAACCGCAAACGUCCCACGGUUAUUCUGACCCUGGGAUCGUCAAUUGGCAACUUCGACCGGUCCGCAGCAGCUGAGUUCCUUACGCAGUAUAGCAAACUUCUUGGUCCGUCUGAUAUGCUGGUGGUCGGAUUGGACGGCUGUAAAGAACCAGAGAGAGUACACAAGGCCUACAACGAUUCUCAGGGGAUCACUCGGCGAUUUUAUGAGAACGGGUUGCACCAUGCCAAUACCGUUCUGGGAUACGAGGCCUUCAAGCCCGACGAAUGGGAGGUAAUCACUGGGUAUGAUUCUAUCAAGGGGUGUCACCAGGCGGCGUACUCGCCGCGGACGGACGUGACCAUCAACGGAAUUUUCCUGCCGAAGGGUGAGAGGUUCGGUUUUGAGGAAGCGUACAAAUACAGUCCGGAGGAGCGGGACCAGCUCUGGCGGAGCGCCGGUUUGAUACAUUGCGCAGAGUUUGGUAACAGUUCUGGGGAUUACCAUAUCCAUACGCUGUCGUCUGCCAGUCUGGACUUCCCGAUUAAAACACCCCAGUACGCUGCAAGCGCAAUUCCCAGUUUGGAGGACUUUCAAUCCCUAUGGACUUCAUGGGAUAUCGCAACCAAGGGGAUGGUGCCGCGUGAUGAGCUCUUGUCGAAGCCAAUAAAGCUGCGUAACGCACUUAUUUUCUACCUAGGACACAUUCCGACAUUUUGCGAUAUUCAUCUGACUCGUGCUCUCGGCGAGAAGCCGACUGAUCCCAAGUCUUACCAGCUAAUUUUCGAACGGGGAAUCGAUCCUGACGUGGAUGACCCCGAGAAGUGUCAUUCGCACAGCGAGAUACCCGACGAAUGGCCUUCCCUUGACGAUAUCCUCGACUACCAGGAAAGGGUUCGAAACCGAGUGAAAUCUGUCCUCCAGAGGGACGACCUCGAACAAAACAGGGUCCUAGGUGAAGCGCUAUGGAUCGGGUUUGAGCACGAAGCGAUGCACCUAGAGACCUUUUUGUACAUGCUCAUCCAGAGCGAACGGACACUUCCGCCACCGGGCGUCAACACCCCAGACUUUAAAGACAUGUUCCUCCAUGCGAGGAAGAACGCGAAACAGAAUGAAUGGUUUACCAUUCCUGAACAGACUCUAUCAAUUGGGCUGGAUGGAGCCGAUGGUCCAUCAGUGCCGCAGACCUCGUUUGGAUGGGAUAACGAAAAACCAAGUCGCACCACGACUGUGCCAGCAUUCGAGGCUCAGGCACGCCCGAUAACAAACGGCGAGUAUGCCAAAUACUUACAGGCAAACCAGCUCCGCCACAGGCCUGCUUCCUGGAUCCUCGUCCAUGGGAACGAAGAUUACACAAUUCCCGCGGGAAUCGACCGGAACAGUCCGCAGGCUACGAAAGACUUCCUAUCAAACUUUGCUGUCCGCACGGUCUUUGGUCCAGUUCCACUUGAGCUGGCCCAGGACUGGCCAGUGAUGACCGCCUACGACAAUUUAGUCAAGUACGCCCAAUGGCUGGACUGUCGCUUACCCACCUUUGAGGAAGCGAAAAGCAUCUACGUACACGCUGCGAAACUGAAGGACGCUACUCAAAUAGCGAACGGCAAUGGUGACGCUCAUACGAACGGAAACGGAUACUCCAAGAUCAAUCCGAGCCGUCCUCGGAGCCCGGAUCACCAACCGGUACAGCCGCCGUCUCGGGCCUCCUUGCCAGUGUUCCUUGACCUUGACGACUGCAACGUCGGGUUUAAGCACUGGCAUCCGACCCCCGUCAUCCAGAACGGCGAUCGACUCGCUGGUCAUGGUGAGCUGGGGGGUGUCUGGGAGUGGACCAGCACGCCGCUGGCGCCGCACGAUGGCUUCCACGCCAUGGAAAUAUACCCCGGAUACACAUCGGAUUUCUUUGAUGGAAAACAUAAUGUCAUUCUUGGUGGCUCCUGGGCUACUCAUCCGCGAAUCGCAGGACGUACUACAUUUGUCAACUGGUACCAGCGAAACUAUCCAUAUACUUGGGCUGGAGCACGUCUCGUUCGGGAUCUUUGA